AGAGGCGGGAUUGCGCGGUUCGCACUAUUGUCUUUUUCACCGCUUUUGUUUUUUCUUUUUUCGCCGUAUUUGCGUCUUUCCUGCGUUCUUUCCUCGCUCUCCGUUCUUCGGCGCGUGCUCACCUCGUCUACCGUCUUGUUGUGGUUACCUGGUUGCUAGAAGUUGAAUCUUGGGUCUAGAUUCACCAGAAAAAUCUCUCCUUGCGAACGUGGAAUAGUGGAGAUGGCGAACGGUUCAGUUACAGAUGGAAUCUUUCUGUUUGCAGACGGGGAGUUGAGUCAGAUAAGCGGGCUGAAGCGAGGUUUGGACUUUGUCGAGGUGAUGUGCGGGUGCACAAGCCAUCGCUAUGGAGAUGCGGUAGGUAGACUUAGGGUUUUCGCCUCUGGGGAUCUCCAGAUCGACUGCGAGUGCACUCCUGGAUGCCAAGAAGUGAAGUUGUCCCCCGCUGCUUUUGAGAAGCAUUCCGGGAGAGAGAGUGCAAGGAAAUGGAAGAGCAAUGUAUGGGUCAUCGUUGAGGGAGAGAAGGUUUCACUUACAAAGACACCCCUGCUUAAAUACUACAAUCAAACAUUAAAAGCUACAAAUGGUUCUCAAAAAGGCCCCAAUGGUCGUCCAUGUCACCGUGAUGAGUUUAUCCGCUGUAACAAAUGCAAAAAGGAGCGCAGAUUUCGCCUUCGUAAUAAAGAAGAGUGUCGAGUUUACCAUGACACUUUAGUGGAUCAAAACUGGAGUUGUUCGGACCUCCCAACUGACAAGAUAUGCUGUGAUGAUGAGGAGGAACGGGCAAGCCGAAAGGUCCUAAGAGGUUGCUCUCGAUCACCUUCAUGCAAAGGUUGCACCAAUUGUGUCUGCUUCGGCUGUGAGAUCUGCCGCUUCAGCGAAUGCAGCUGCCAGAUCUGCAUCGACUUUAUCAGAAAUGCUCACACUUGAGAGAGGAAGCCCUUCAUAAAUUAGCAUUGAUUCUUUUCAGCAUGGGUUACACACCCGAUGAUUGAGCCAUAAUUUCUCCAUUUACAGAAACUCAUUGUUUCCGCUGCAAGCUAGAACUUUUUAAUUGUUCAGAAUUGAGUAAUAUUUUUUCCACAUUUUAUGGCCAUCUUAAAGCUGCCUGAGAACUUUGUCAAAGUUUCGAAUGGAAGUCUGAAAAUUUUGGAACUAGGAAGCUUUGAAUGGCUUUUAUUUUUUUUAUCUUGCUUUCGUUUUACUUAUUUUUGAAAUGGUGAAACCUUUUGGGGGUGUUUGGCUGUAGGAAGGAUUUAGAGUUGGCAGGA